CGCGCUCUGGCUUUUUUAGCUCCACGCCGGGGCCCGGGCCUGAACCCGGCUUGUGGGGCCCGAGCCGCACCUCCUCGCCCAAGCCGAAACCUCCGGUCCACCUCCCAGCGUGAGCCCCGUCACCCGACGCGAACCCGCCUCCCGGAGGCGGAGCUGCACCAGGUGCGGACGCGGGGCGUGGCGGGCGCCUUGGAGCGCCAGGUGCGGCUUCCGCGUCAAGAUGGCCGCCGCCUGCCGCAUCGGGGCCCGGCUCGUGUCCGGCCGCCGCCUUCCUGCCGCGGCUGCGCUGCUUCACGUCGCCCUCUGCCUCUCGUGCUGGGCCCCGGCGGUUGUGAGCGCCGUCCCGGAGCUCGGGCUCUGGGCAGCGACGGUCGACGACAAAUCAGGACCUUUGAUAUUUAGAAAAACUAUGUUUAACUCUACUGAAAUCAAGUUUUCUGUUAAGUCAUUCAGUUGUUCUGGGCCUGUGAAGUUUACCAUAGAGUGGCAUUUGAAGUAUCAUACCUGUCAAAAUGAAUAUUCUAAGCUGGAGGAGGAGCUAUCACAAAAACAUGAUCUUAGUGUUGAUGAAGACUUAUGCGGCCAUUACUUCAAGAAUAUUGAAUGUUGGACAACAAAAUAUGAAAACUUAGACUGCAACAGUGACUUACAGGUGUUUCCAUCGCUGAAUAAUAAAGAACCAGUUACAAAUACCAAAAAUGUUUCGAACCAGGAAAGAUCAACGGAUGUUGUAGCCAGAACACAGAAAGAUGGGUUUCACAUCUUUAUUGUUUCUAUUAAAACAGAAAAAACAGAUGCAAGAUGGAAUUUGAAUGUUUCUCUUUCUAUGAUUGGGCCUCAUGGAUAUAUUUCUGCAUCAGAUUGGCCUUUGAUGAUUUUUUACAUGGUGAUGUGUAUCAUUUAUAUUUUAUAUGGCGUACUCUGGCUGACGUGGUCUGCCUGUUAUUGGAAAGAUAUAUUAAGAAUUCAGUUCUGGAUUGCAGCUGUUAUUUUCCUGGGAAUGCUGGAAAAAGCAGUUUUUUAUACUGAAUAUCAAAACAUCAGCAGCACUGGGCUAUCAACCCAAGGUUUACUGAUAUUUGCAGAGUUGAUAUCUGCCGUUAAGAGGACAUUGGCUCGUCUCCUUGUGAUCAUUGUGAGCUUGGGCUAUGGCAUUGUGAAACCCCGUUUAGGAACAGUCAUGCACCGAGUGGUUGGACUGGGAAUUCUCUACUUUAUCUUUGCAGCUAUUGAAGGCGUGAUGAGAGUUAUUGGGGGUUCUAACCAUUUAGCUGUUAUUUUUGGUGACAUUAUUUUGGCAGUUAUUGACUCCAUUUUUGUAUGGUUCAUAUUUAUAAGUUUGGCACAAACAAUGAAGACUCUAAGGCUAAGAAAGAACACAGUGAAAUUUUCUUUAUACAGGCACUUUACAAAUACUCUGAUCUUUGCCGUACUGGCUUCUAUAGUGUUUAUGGUAUGGACAACUAAGACAUUUAGAAUUGCAAAAUGUCAAUCAGAUUGGAUGGAACGCUGGGUUGAUGAUGCAUUUUGGAGCUUCCUUUUUUCACUUAUUCUUAUUGUAAUCAUGUUUUUGUGGAGACCAUCAGCAAAUAAUCAGAGAUAUGCCUUCAUGCCAUUAAUAGAUGAUUCUGAUGAUGAAAUAGAAGAAUUCAUGGUACCAUCUGAAAAUUUAACUGAAGGAAUAAAAUUAAGAGUCUCUAAAACGGUUUCCAAUGGAACAGCUAAACCUGCUACUUCUGAUAAUUUUGAUGAAGAUUUGAAGUGGGUGGAAGAAAAUAUUCCCUCUUCAUUCACAGAUGUAGCUCUUCCAGUGUUAGUGGAUUCAGAUGAGGAAAUCAUGACCAGAUCUGAAAUGGCAGAAAAAAUGUUCUCUUCAGAAAAGAUAAUGUGAUUGGAACCCAUAUAAAUUAAACCUACUUAACGGUGAAAGACUUCCUCAAGACUGAAAAAGAGCUUUGUUUUGAUACAGUGCAACAAGGUUUUAUUGCAUUAUCUUGGAAAUUUGUGUAUUACAACAAUUCAGGUGGUAGGGGGGUUUGGUGACCAUUUUAAGCUACUCUGGAAUGUGAGCUUAAUGUCCAUCAUAUUGUCUGGAUUUGGAAAUAAUCUAAGUAUUAUGAUAAAGAAAUAUGCCCAGAUGCCCUUAGCUAAGAGGUGGCAGGGAUGUGGAUUUGGGUUUUCUCUUCUCACUGGAAAAUAUAACAGUUCCAGAUUUAAAAAUAUUUUUUACAUAAACACUCCUACAAUUCCUCAACUACCUUUAAGGUAGAUGAUGUGGUUCUCCUGUAUGGUAAAGCAGCGUUUCCAUUUUGUGGGUUUAGAGUUACUAGAUGCAGUAAGAAUUUUCUUUGACUUUUAUACUGAAGUAAUUUGAAAUUAAGUAAAACUUGGUUAGCCUUAGAACAUAAGCACGUUUGUAUGGUUAGGGGUGUGUGUGUGUGUAUACAUAUACAUACGGGUCUGCACAAAGUCCUUGUUUGUAAAUAUCACCAUGUACAUCAAAUCACAGAGCUAGGUCCUCUCUGUCUGAGCUCAGGGGAAUACUAGUACACAGGAAAGAGGCCAUGAUGGUCACUUCCAAGGAUUAACUCUGCCAUUGUCCCCUCACUCAGGCUGUAAGUACACGUGCUGCUGCCGAAUAUGUUUGGGGGUCACUGCAUAGCUCCCCAGAGCAGUUCCUCUCCAGGCGGCUGGGGGCUCAUUACCAGUGAACUUUGCAGACACUAGAACAUCUUUUACAUAAUCUUGGCUUAUCUGGUUUCAUAAUGAAACAUAUAUUUACCUGCAUAGUACAUCUCUAUUAAUCUUGUAAUUAAUUUCUUAACCUUGAACCAUGUUUUACACAUCAUUUUGUUACAUUACAUAUGUAAUAUAUGAUUUGAAAAUUUUUUGUUUUAAUAUUAUUUUAGGUGCAGAACAGUCAAAACUUGAAAGGUAGUUGAAUGUAGUAUGAUGGAAAUGUGACUAUUUUGCUGCUUUUGUGACCAAAGAUACAGGGCUAGUGAACAUUAAGAAUAGGAAUAAAAGUUAGAAUCGUAUAUAUCUUUAUUUGAAGGUGUUCUAACCUUGUGAAUUGAGAAUGACUUCUGAGAAUUUUGAUUGAGAAGCAUUUAAAGUCUUAACCAGUACCAACACUUAAAUAUAACCAUUAAUUUUCAUCGUGAAGCCAUAAAACAUUUUCUUUCAAGAGCCUACCUUUUCAAUUUAUUUCUCAUUUACUCAUGUCAUAGGAGUUAACAAAAAAAAUUUAUAGUAGUAAUGUGCCUUGAAAGAUACUUUCAAAUUUAUUUUCAGUAGGGAACAGGGAACAGUUUGGGGCAUCCUCCCUAGGAAAAGAGUGUCAGUUACUACAGGUUCCAUUCUUUCCUUCCAUUUCUUUUUUUUUUUUUUUUUAAGAUUUUAUUUAUAUAUUCAUAGAGACACAGGCAGAGGGAGAAGCAGGCUACAUGCAGGGAGCCCGACGUGGGACUCGAUCCUGGGUCUCCAGGAUCACACCCCGGGCUGCAAGAGGCGCUAAACCGCUAAGCCACCAGGGUUGCCCUUUCCUUCCAUUUCUUACACAAUAAUAGGUCCCCACCCACUACAUUUCCCAGCAUUUAUAUCCAUUCUGGUUUUGGUGUGUUUUACCCUGGGCUCAGUAAUUUCAGAGCUGGAGGCAACCCUGCCUUCUCAUUCCUAACAUUUUUUAAUCUAAUCCCAUUCCCAGACUUAGAGGCAGACCUCUAGCUCAUCAUAUGGCUCCAGCUGAAUUUUGAAAUACAGGGUGCCAGCCUUCCAGCCUGUAGGAGCUACAAAUGGAGUGGAGCAGGAGUGGGGAGUUGAUGGUGAGCAAAAGGGAGACUGCCUCUUGUAUAACCUCAGUAGCAGGUGUGAGAACACCUUUUUCUGCAGCUGUAAAGAUAAAGGAUAUGAUGUGUAUAGCUCAGCUACAGGCUGAAAUGCAAACUUUUCUCAUCUUCUAGAGAAAGUAGGAUUCCCUCCUGAUAACCUCAUCAGAAAUGUUGUUUUUCAAAGGGCAUAUGCAGUAUCUAUCACUUUCAGUGAUACUUGUGUCAUCAGUUGAUGUCUCUUGACCUGAAUUGAGUAUUCCUGUGGAGGGUCCUCUUAGCUCCCUCAUAUAAACAGGAGGGGUGCCCUAGGGCUGUAGCUGUAGUUCAUCUGAAGGACACUGGGGAGAAGUGAUACCCAGGGCCACUGUACAGCUCAUUAUCCCAGCUUCUGCAUGUAGUGUCCAGAAACUGGUCAUCCGGGCUUUUGAGGCUAUCAGAUCAGUUUAUUCUUGGGAUGCCAUCAAGACGGUUCUUACUCUAAAUGAAGGGAACUGAGCAUAAGAGUUCAGUUUUAUGUAUUUCUAGACAAAAUGCUAAAGUGUUCUUAUGCAAGUCAUGUUGGAUUUAUGUGAUGUGUGGAAUUUGUUUAUAAGGGAAUUUUCAUGAUUUGAAUUAGAUUAAUGUUUAAAUGUCUGCUUUAAAGGAUUGUUAAUUUAUUUCAGAAAUAAAAAAAUAGAUGAAUAUGUGCAUUUUUUAAGACAGAGAUGAUACUCCUUUACUUUUCCUGUAAAGAGAUCAUUUUAAAAUCUUUCUUAUCCUAUAGAGAAAACCAACUUUUCCUCUGUGAUACAGUAUGUUUGCACUACUACUUGACAUUUCAAGACUGAAAGUAUAAAAAAUGUACAUAUAGAUUGAUUUUUCUCCUUUUUUAAAAAAAGGGGGUUUGAGGUGCCUGCCUGGCUCAUUCAGUAAAACAUGUGGCUUCUGAACUUGGGGUCAUGAGUUUGAGCCCCAUGUUGGGGGUAGAAUUUACUUUAAAGAAAUAAAAGGGGUAUGAGUCCAUUGCACUAAGCUAUACUUGACUAGUGUAAAGUGGAGAAAUGUUAUGCUAGAUUUAAAAAUCACUAGUUUUCUUAAUAUAUCUUUUUAUGAUCAACAGCAUGCAAUAAGCAGUACAAAACCCCAAGCCUUAUACUUAGAAGACAGAAGUUUAACAUAUUGGUUAAAGUUCUAAACAUAUCAAAUGUAUAUAAGUAACAGAAGUAGGAUUUUAAGGAAAUGUACAAUAUAUAUAGAAGCUCAGUACUGCAUUAAGAAACUUCUCUAGAACUAGGAAAUCAUUCAUGUAUUUGAGGAGAAAACGUAGGGGUUUGAGAAGUUAUAUUUUUCUAUUUAAAAGGGUUAAAUUAUUGUAUAAUUUGGAAGAAGUUGCUUUGAAUGUAGGACAAAACUUUCGAAUAUUUUUGUUUGAAAAGUUGAUGUAUUUUUGUGCCUUAAUAUUCUGACUUUUAAUAAAAUGCUUUCAGAAAUUC